AUUAAGCUAGUGAGGAAAAAAAAAUCUAGGAGGGAUAUUUUUGGGUUUUGGCUUGAUAAUUAGGAUCUACCGUGCACAAUUGCACAUUUACGUAGUCCGGCUCUCCUCCGCUGCCCGCCACGAACCUCGACGAGAAGGAAUCGCUUCAUCACUAAUGGCAGGCGGCGACGAAGAAAGAGGUCGAUCGUCUAAGAAGCUGAAGACUCGCUUUUCCUCGUCUAAGGCGACACAAGAAGAGUAUUUCGAUGACUACGGGAACGAUUUCGACAAUGAUACCCGAGAUGGUGAAAGGGAGAUUAAGGCGAGGGAGUUCACCAAUCUCGAACUGAAGCCUGAUCACGCCAACAGGCCUAUCUGGGCCUGCCCUGAUGGCCGGAUCUUUCUAGAAACGUUCUCGCCUUUCUACAAGCAAGCCUACGAUUUCCUUAUCGCUAUCGCCGAACCUGUCACCAGACCGGAAUUAAUUCACGAGUACAAUUUGACGCCACACUCUCUCUAUGCUGCGGUUUCUGCGGGUCUGGAGACUGAGACUAUUAUUAGUAUCCUGAGCAAGCUGUCGAAAAUUAAGUUGUCAUCCGAGAUAAUAGACUUUAUCCAUGGAUCAACUGCUAAUUAUGGAAAAGUUAAGCUUGUGCUGAAAAAUAAUCGAUAUUUUGUCAAGUCACAAUUUCCGGAGGUAUUGAAGAGAUUGCUCAAGGAUGAAGUUAUAUCCAAGGCUCAGAUUAAUUUUGAGAAUUCACAAGGUUCUGAUACAUUCACAAUUAGUAAAUCGGUGCAUGAGAUACAUGGUGUACAUGAGAACUUAUUGGAUGGGGUUGAGUUAGAUUCUGCAUCAGAGGAAAAGGAAAUAUAUUCUUUUGAGAUAGACCCUUCUCAGGUGGAAAAUGUAAAACAACGAUGUUUGCCGAAUGCAUUAAACUAUCCUAUGCUCGAGGAAUAUAACGUUCACAAUGAUAUAGUGAACCCUGAUUUGAAUAUAGCACUAAAACCUGAAGCGGAAAGAAGACCAUAUCAAAUAAAAAGCCUCAGUAAGAUGUUUAGCAAUGGUCGAGCUAGGUCUGGCAUCAUUGUGUUACCUUGUGGGGCUGGGAAAUCUCUGGUGGGGGUUUCUGCUGCUUGUUCUAUAAAAAAGAGUUGUCUUUGCUUGGCUACAAACGCUGUAUCUGUGGAUCAAUGGGCUUUUCAGUUUACUCUCUGGUCGACCAUACAAAAAGAGAACAUAAGCCGUUUCACAUCUGAUAAUAAAGAAAAUUUUCGUGGGUCUGCUGGUGUAGUUGUGACCACCUACAACAUGAUAGCUUUUGGUGGGAAGAGAUCUGAGGAUUCUGAAAAAAUCAUUGAAGAAAUACGAAAUAGAGAAUGGGGAUUACUACUUAUGGAUGAGGUCCAUGUUGUUCCAGCACAUAUGUUUCGCAAAGUAAUUAGCAUCACCAAAUCUCAUUGCAAACUUGGACUUACUGCAACACUUGUGAGAGAAGAUGAACGAAUCACAGACUUGAAUUUUCUUAUUGGACCAAAACUGUAUGAGGCAAACUGGUUGGAUUUGGUAAAAGAAGGAUUUAUUGCUAAUGUCCAGUGUGCUGAAGUCUGGUGUCCUAUGACCAAGGAGUUUUUUGCAGAAUAUUUGAAGAAAGAGAAUUCAAAGAAAAAACAGGCACUAUAUGUGAUGAAUCCGAAUAAGUUCAGAGCUUGUGAAUUUCUUAUUCGCUUUCAUGAGCAGCAACGUGGAGAUAAAAUUAUUGUUUUUGCGGAUAAUCUAUUUGCACUAACUACAUAUGCAAUGAAGCUCAGAAAGCCCAUGAUCUACGGUGCAACCAGUCAUAAUGAAAGAAGUAGGAUUCUUGAAGCUUUCAAGAGCAAUCCUGAUGUUAAUACAAUCUUCCUGUCCAAGGUUGGUGAUAACUCAAUUGAUAUUCCAGAAGCCAAUGUGAUAAUACAGAUUUCAUCUCAUGCUGGUUCACGGCGUCAAGAAGCACAACGUUUGGGUCGUAUUCUUAGGGCUAAGGGGAAACUGCAAGACAGAAUGGCAGGUGGAAAAGAAGAAUACAAUGCUUUCUUCUAUUCCCUUGUUUCCACAGAUACUCAGGAAAUGUAUUACUCUACUAAAAGACAGCAAUUCUUAGUUGAUCAAGGGUAUAGCUUCAAGGUAAUCACUAGCUUGCCCCCUCCUGAUUCAGGCGCUGAUCUCAGUUAUCAUAGUCUUGAUGAGCAAAUUGAACUACUAAGCAAGGUGCUGAAUGCUGGAGAUGACAUGGUGGGUUUGGAGCAGUUGCAGGAGGAUUCGGAUGAUAUCACGCUUAUCAAGAGCAAGCGCUCUGCUGGCUCAAUGAGCGCUUUCUCCGGAGCAAAUGGAAUGGUCUAUAUGGAAUACACCACUGGGAAGAACAAGCAAGGACAUGGUUCGAAAUCGAAACCAAAGGACCCGUCAAAGAGACACACGUUGUUCAAAAAGCGAUUUGCUCCUUGAAUGCUCAUCCAACAGAUGGUAUUCUUUGUUGGUAAGAGAAUUCAAAGUGUAUGCUGCAAACAAUGGUUAAAGCUGCUUGUGAUUUUCAAAAAUUAUUGGCCUUUAUCGUGUAUGAAUUAGAAAUAAAGUUGUAUUUAUUCUAAGAAUGCAGAGGACUCGUGCUUCAUUCAAA